UUAACAUGGAAGUCUAUGGAAGAAGCCUGCACUUGUGGCUAUGCUUGUGGUGCGGAUUUACUGUGGACGGCUGCAGUCUUCCGACUAAGUUGCUGACUAUCUGUCACUAUCAGUAUGUGAACACUUUCUGAAAUACGAGUCCAGAAAUUUAUGUUUUCACUUGACUUUGUUUCCUGGACUUUAAUCAUUAAGAAAACGGCCAUGGUUGCAGCUUAACCACUCUUUGAAGACACACCAGUACCUUGGCUCUUGGAUCCACCAUGUGCGAGGCCAAACUGCUUUUAACUCAACUUUUACCGCUAGAAUUUUCGGGGACAGUGACGAAACAUCAUGUUUUUCAGUUUUAAACAAAAACAAACCAUUUAGACGCAAGGAAAUUUCGUUCUGCUGGAACGCAAAGAGCGUGCAAGCCUAUGGAGUUCGCAAGAUCGGUCUCCUCCACCGUGACGUCAUCGUACAGGCUGCCAGUUCGAUUUUAUGCCUUAGAGCUUUCGUAAUGCCUCGAGUGUACAUAUAGUUAACCAUAAAUUAGACGCAACCCUAAAAAACCCUGUAGACAAGAAAAAAUUGAGUGCCUGGUGCACUCCUUUGUCACAAACUAGAGAAUGUUUGCAACUAGAGCAGUGAAAAAAUGCAACGCCGGUAUUCACUUGACUUUUAUUUCACAAGAUUUUUAAAUUUUAGAUUUUUAGAUUUUGUUCCCUGUUUUAUUGGUAUUCAUUCUUGGUAAGUCGCGUGCGAUUCUGUUAAUUGAAUAGCGUUGAAUAACUAAAAUUUCACAUACGUAAAAAGAACAUGAAUUUCAUACAGAAUAUAAACAGCGAUGGAUUUUCGGUCUCCGAUACCUGUCGACGAUGUCGAAGAGGACCUCAUGCGUGUCUUGCUGGCUAUCCGCGAACUGCAGCGUCCAGUCACCUGGGAGAGCCUUGCUACGGAUAAGCGGAAACAGGUUGAACAGUGGCUGGCUUCGGUAAUGGUGAAGUAUCGCGCACUCUACUACAAAGAGUGGGAGCAGUCUGGCGAUCUGGAAGACGCCUGGCGGGAUGCUGCCGAAAAGGACAAGGCGCUGGCUAGUGUUCGUCACUAGAUGCAGGUAAAAGAUGCGGAAAUCGCGCGACUGCGGCAACAAAUCCAGCUGCUACAGCACGGCCAGCAAGAUCCGGUUGACCAGUUUAACUGGUAUGAGCUACUGCUUAAAAUAUUUUCUGUUGCUUAAAUUUUAACUAUCAAGUAGUAUACCAGCAAUUUUGCCACAUUUCGGUAAACAGAGUUUACGAAGAAAAUCAAAGAUUGAAAUAACUGGUUGGUUAUUGCUGUUAAAUUUUUAUCAAAUUUUACUCGACUGUCACUACACGGGCCAGCAGAAUCCCGGACCACACGGGGAGGCCAACGAGGAAUUUUAGUUACCUUUUACGGAGAUUGGAUUGCGCAGACGAUGACACUGCUGGUUUUUCCCAAGAACAACACACCUCAGCGCAGUGAUUAUUUCCGUAUCUUACCGUUGGCAUUAAGUUUGAAUUGUCAUGCCUUUGUAUUCAGGCAGUUUUCUAGUUUCGUAUAUUCUUAUUAUUUUUUUGUUUUUUUAACAGUAUUCAGUCGAAAGUAUUCAGCUCUUUACGGAUGGUUCGACAUUAAUCUUUUGAGCCUGAUUUGUUGUAUUUCGCAACGAUGCAAUGUAUUGUAGCUUGCGGAUGGUAAUGCAUUGUGCUUUGGUAAUUAUGUAGAGAAUUUUGUUUUUGGUGGAGAUUAAAAUGUUCAGGCAUAUUCCACGAUUCUACCGGAUGCGUCUGUGGUUUGAGACGUUUGAGAAAUAAAUGUAGUAGUAAUUACAAGAGCGAAACAAAUUACUAACGAAUAUCAAUAUUCGAAAACAAAGAGCACUAUUAAAAAAACAAGAAAAAUACAACGGAAAAAAUCGUAAUUUUGUAUUCUAUUUUAUUUAGAUUCCAGUGAUCGGUGUGCUGUAAUUUAAUGUGGUAAGAGUACCACGGCACUGUUAAGCCGUUUUUCUGGACAAUCAUACGGUGCAUAAUCACGGGCACGAGCAUGUGAUUUGAAACAGUUUUGUCAUCUCCAAGCAUGUGGGUUUCAGACAAGUUAAUACCAAUCGAAACUUCCGAAUACCGUAUUCGGGUGGCGGAGAUUCGAUUCGUUCUGGCCGCUUGUGCGAACGUUGAGCUUUUUCUUCUUUCUGUUUCGCCAAACUGUUAAGGGUUUUGAUUUCCUCAUCUUUCUGUUUAAUUGCUUUUUGUAAUUGUUUUACUGUUUCGUUUGCGUCCUUCCGCAACUUCUCGUAAUCUUUGUUUGAUUCGGUGACCUUUUUCAUCUGCUCCAUGAUUGUGGCCGCCCUUUGAUCGAGAGUCUUGUCAAGUUCUUUCUUUGCUGCCUUCAUAAUCUCGAGUUCUCCUUCGAGUCGGGUUACUUGGUCAGCCCUGCGUUGGAGGUCUUUCCUCUCGCGUCGCAUUCUUCAACUACCGUUUUUAGUUCAGCUUCCUUUUCAGAUGUCUUAUCAUCAUUUUCCAUCACUGAGUGGUCAUUCCCAGAAGUUCGUUGCUUAAUUUCACGAUUUCUUGCUUCUGCCUUUCGAUCUCCGUUUGCCCUUCCUUGUUCAAGAUCUCUAAGGCCGUGAUGCGUACAUCAAUUCGUUUUGCUUCAGUCAUCCAUUUAUGAGCCUCUUUUUCAUGACCUUCGACUGCAUCGUUUAUUCGCUUGCUCUCGCUUUUCGUCGUUUCUGCCAGUUCAAAGAGCUUCUGUGCUGCUUGAUCCCUCUGGCUUUCUGCUUCGUGUUGUUUUUUCUUCCCUUCUCGAAUUUUGCCUGCAGCGUUGUUAUGUUUUCGUCUCGCGACUUGAGGUCAUCUUUCAACUUUGAGAUCUCCGCUGUCAAGUUCGAAACCUUUCCCGUAAACUUCGUUGCGUUUGCCAAGCAUUCAUCACGCUGAGUUUCAGCUUCCUUGACCUUGUUCUUCAAAAGGUCACGUUCUGCUUUCAAUUCGUUUAUCUCCCGUGACCUUUCCACGGUUUCCUCGGACAUACUUUUGUUGAGGUCAUCUACUGCGAGUAAGCCUUCCAUAUUCUUAUCGUCAACAAGUUUCUUCAGUACUUCUGCAACUUGUUUUUGCACUUCGUAUCUGCCCUUCCAUUGUCGCGCUUCGUCUUCAACCGUGACUUUUUCCUGUUCCAUAGCAUAAAUUUUUGCUUCGGCUUCAAAGGUUUUAUUCCUCUGUUCCCGUAUUGCAGCGAAUGCUUGCCCUUCUUUCUCAUCGAGUAGCUGUUAGAGCUCUCUGACUCGCUGCUUCGCUCCACUUGAUACGGGAGUUUCGAGAGUUGGUGACCUUUCGUUAUCAGCCUUUCCUGACGCCAUUCCCUCGAAGGUCUCCUCCAACUUCUCGUUAAAGGUCAUCUUGAUCAUUCCACCCGCUAGAUUAGCUUCUUUCAUUGCGGUAUGAAACGACAUCUUUAUCGUUUCGUCCUCAUCAUCAGUGUAGUAUUUCUCGUCGCCUGAUGCGAAGCUGGUACCAUUCUCAUCCAGCUACUCCUUUGAGUCCAUAGAAUUAUUUAAAAGGUCAUCAACGUUGACCUUUCCUUGGUUUAACAGCUCGUUGCUGACCUCGUCACCCCUUCGGUGACCUUUUGACUGACUUCGUCUUCACCUUUCUUUGACUGAUCCGCGGUUUCCUCCUUGACCUUUUUAGCCGACCGUGACAUUCCUCCGGUCUCGGCCGUUAGGUCUGAUUGAUUCUGUUCGAUAACUGCCGUUCUCUCAUCGGUGACCUUUGACUGGUCUACCGUGCCGCCUCCGACCUGACGUCCGGGGUUUUCGCUUCCAUCACUCGAGCUCUCUUUGUUCUGAGUUUCUUUCAGAGCCUUUUGAUAUGUGGCUUUUGAGCCUUUAGAGUCCUUCCUUCCAAAGGUCUUCGGAGCUCGAGUUGCUCGAUCGUGUUCUACUGGCCGUGUAAACGGCUGCAGUUCCCUUCUAUAGGGAUCACUCGCACCUUGCGAGGCGUUCUUUGACCGUUUUCCCUGUGAGCUGCCGGAGGAGAUCGGUUCAUUACCGUCUCUGUCUUGAUCCAUGUCUUUGCUUGAUUUAGGUGAUCGCCUGAUCGGAUAACUUGGACGAUGCUGUCAAGGUUUCUCACACGUGUGUUAGAUUACGUUUAUGCAAACGUUUACAAGUGAACAGAAACAAGCGCUGUCCUGAAGGUCACGAGCUCGGUUGCUAAAGGUCACUCUGCCUUUUACAGAUCUGUCUUUUCUAAAGGUCACCCUUUUCUUCAGAAAUUACACCAAGUUCUCUCAAAAGUCACUUCCUUCAGCAAAACUCAACUCAUAAAGGUCAUCAGCUGUUUCAGCUUAACAUUUACUCCGAUUUAAUAAAGGUCAUUUUUCGGUUUAGGAACUUUUUCUAGUUAAAGGUCACAAACAACCUAUGUCAAAAACUGAAUACUUCGACGAAUUUUUGGAUUUUAUUAUGAACUUAACUCAACUCAACGUAAAACUUGCGUCUUAUCAUCAACUAUCCAUUUUCGGUAAAGGUCAUCCUUCUGGUCAAAUUUUUGGUAAAGGUCACAAUUUCAUCAGUCGACUCAGUAAAAAUUUCCAGCUACCUACGUCAGAUUCUUGUGCGCCGUGCGCAAAAUCUCCGCCUCGUCUCAAAAUUUCAGCUUCUAAUUGGCUGAAUUCUAAGCUAACUUUAGCUUUAUCGCUGCGCCAAUCACAGCACGGAUAACCGACCAAUCAGAAUCGUUGUUUUUCGAAUUAUAAGGCAGAGUGACGUCACGUCCAAAACCGGAAAUUUUUGCUAGCGCGCCGUGCGCAAAAGUACCGCCUUCUUUCUUGCUCAGCUCAUUACCGACCAAUCAAAACUGCUACUUCUACCUUUCAGCCAAUGGCGUAAUUAACAAACGAAAUUCUGACCUGCUCGUCUUCCGAAUCCAGAAAUCGAUCCUGCGCGUCCUUCCGCGAAUCCUCCAAAUCUUCCAGCGAUUAUACUGCCUUCUCCUGGGCCAGUCGCUAACCCCUAUACUGCCUUCUGCGAUUAUACUGCCUUCUCCUGGGCCAGUCGCUAACCCCUUCCGUCUCGGAUCGACGGGACGCAGCGGUGCGUCGACCAGAAGACUUGCUGGCUGCGGGUCUUCUGCCGUGCCUUGACGUUGGCAAACGGCAGGGGCGCUCGACCACCCUUUUGGGGGAACGCGUAUUGUGUGUACGCUCUAAGCAGUAGAGUCGCGCCUGAACUCCACACCCGAUAGACCAAAAGUGGCUUGCCCACUCGUGCCCCCCUUCGGGCUCCUGCCUCUUCUGGCGUUCUUUUUCGCGCUUGUGCUUUCGACGCUGGUGCCCCUCCGAACAGAGCUACUGCCGUAACCCUGCUCGCGUCAGGACAGAUACAGUGCACUCUACGCAGUAGAGAUGCACCGUUGUCUGAUCUGCUGUCGAGAUCCAACGUCCUUCCUUCUCCGACUGCUUCGUCAGCGAGCCCUUCCUCGCACACUUCACACACUCCGUCAGUUAGACGGGGAAACACUUCAGAUAAUCCGGGAGAACACGCAAUCUGCUACCAUAUGAGACGGGAACUUGGCAAGGUUCACGUCGUAGAAUCGGAGUUGACGUAACUCAGUCUACCAAACAAAUCUGGCAAUGCUAUAAGGGCCUACGCUAUGGAAAGCGAAAAAUGGGCUGAUUGCUAGAGAUUUAUUACCAAGACUAAAUUCGAUAGAAUUUCAGAAUGUGCAACUCCGCAUUGCUGACUACAGCAAGCGCACGUAACAAUCACACUGUGUGGUGGCACAAAGAACACCAAGGCACUGCCACGCGUAAGGCGGGCGUGCAGCAAAACACAACAGACUGCCAAGCGAGGGUGUACGCUGAGUACGCCUGCGCUCACACAGGUAUACAUACCAUCGUCAUCGUUGAGGGAGAUUGCUCUUUUGAAACAGCUGCGCCAUAAAAAUAUCGUGCAGCUUUUGGACGUGCUGCACAAUGAGAAAAAGCUGACGCUCGUUUUUGAGUACUGCGAUCAAGGAUUUGAAGAUUUUGAUUCACUGAAUGGAAUAAUUGAACCAAAAGUACGUGUCCCGUUCCUCUUUCUUUUGGAUGUUGGAUAGCUUCCUAUGAAAUUACACGUUAACAAAUUUCCGAUAAUGGUUGUUGGUGAAAAAGUAAGAUUCACCCGACGUAUGCGUUGGAAUAAAAAGAAUUUAAUUUGAACCGAUUAGUUUCGAAUAAGUAUGUUGCACUGCGAUACUACGACUCUACGAGCGCAAUUCUUUAUGCACCAAUUAGUAAAUUGCAGAUUAAUAUAUUUCUGAUUUGUGUUGCGAAAAACUGUUGUUAUUAAUAAUUUUUUUACUAUUUUGCUUUUUUGGCAGAUUGUUCGUUAAUUCGCUGUUCUACCAGCUGCUGUGUGGAUUAGCGUACAUAUUUGGUACUUACUGUAUUAAAUAAAUACGUUAUGCGAAAUUCCGUUUUAAUGGUUUCAAGGCAACAAAAGAAAUUGAUGUUUUGAGUGUAUGAAGAACUCAGAAUGCAGACAUUCAACAAUGCAGACAUCCAUUUCUGUGUUUCUCUUCUGUGAUCGUUCUGCUGGUUUGAACUGUAAGUAAAUUAAACUACAACAAAGUAACCACGAUCGACAUAUUGACCUGCACCACAUUCGCAAUGGACCUACACCACCGAUCCGAGGUCAAAGAUGCCGGUCAGCGAUACUUCAACAACCAGUUCGCCGAAUACUCCAAUCAGCUUCUGACCGACCAGUCCAAAUAUAUGGACCAGGCCCUGGGUCUCAUGCAGGACAUUUACACAUACUAUACAUCUAAUCCCAGUCGGAAGCGCCGUGACCUUUACGCCGUUGGCGCCGGUAUCGCCUACGCCUGAGUGCGAUUACUUCAGCAUUUGCCGGAUGAUAAUCAGGACCAAGAAAACAUCCAGCGCCUGUGUUCUAACAUUAUUGAUUCAAUAUUAACGGAACACCGCGCAACACUGGGCCGGGACAAAUCCCUGAAGAACGGGGAUGCCGGAGUAUGGGUGGCGGCAGCCCUGGUCUAUGCGGAAUUAGACCGGAUGACCGACGCAUGCAGAAAAGGCCCUGAAGGAGUUUGUGGGGUGCUGUGCCGGGGUGGAGCGGAUGACCUUAACCGGAUCGAGUGGUGAUGAACUGUUUACGGGACGGUGUGGGUUUUUAAUUGGGUUUCUGGAAUUAUGGAAACGUUUCCCAGAACAUCCGAUUUUGUUUGAAGUGCCGGUUGCGGAAAUUAUCAAAGCCAUAUUGGCGUCUGAACGAGAGGAUAGCAAUAUGCGAGGGUUUCAUACGCUAAGUCCACUGAUGUUCCUCCAUUAUGAAGCUGAAUACAUAUGUGCGGCUCAUGGAAUUUCGACAAUACUGCAGUCACUUCUUGGAUUUCCAACAAUUUUAGCUGAAAUUCCAGGAGCGAUUAAUGAAAUCAAGGCGACGUACGAGCAUCUACUAUCUAGCCAACGUGACAGCGGAAAUUUUCCGAAUAUAUUUGGAGCAGUUGAGGAUGAAACAUCGGAACUCGUGCAGUGGUGUCAUGGCGCUGCCGGUGUGAUAUAUUCCCUCGCAAAGGCAUAUUUAUUUUGGAAAGAAGACAAAUAUCUGAAUGCUUGUAAAAAGUGCCGCGCAGACAUACUGUGGAAAAAAGGCUUGUUAAAAAAGGGACCGGGUUUAUGUCACGGAAUUUCCGGUAGCGGUUACGCGUUUCUACUUAUCUACAGAAUUACAGAAGAUGCGGAAUAUCUCUAUCGCGCCAACUGUUUUGCUGAUAUAAUGUUUCAGCCAUCCAUUCGGGAAUCAUCGCGGUUGCCGGAUCAUCCAUACUCAUUAUACGAAGGAAUAGCCAGCACACUGUGCUAUUACGUGGAUUUAGCCGACCCGAUGCAGAAAUUUGAUGGGAAAAAGCUGGGAAAUGAUUCGUUCAAAAGCCCUACACAUAAUCAACAGUCCCGAUUUCGAGAAGGUGACGGUGGGAUUUCUCAAGAAUUUCAUGCAGCAAGACGAACUCAAAGGCUUAUCGGAAUCUCUGCUAUUUGACCGCGUACUGGCGUGGGCAAAAGAAAAACUCGGACAGUUACCGCCGUCGGAAAUGCUCGCCGUAAUGUUCCCCAACGGUCUCUCGUGGGAGGCGGUUCUGCAGUCAACCAACGCCUACGAGCAGUGCUGGACCAGAAAAGCCGUAGGGUUUUCAUUAGAGGCCUGCGUGGAUCUCCCCGUCGAUACAUCGAAUCCCAGAAUCGCGGUUUCUUGUCCUGGUACAACCUAUAAAAAGCGAAAGUCUGCAAACAUUUUUGGAUGUGUUAUAAAGGUGGCAGGCUGCUUCUAGCAUACUAGGUAAGUGCACUCGCUUUUGUGGGCACUGCAUGACUGAAGCGUAGUAGGAAUAUGUGUCUAAAUUGGAAUGGUUUGGGCAAAGCCUCUAAUGGUGCAAUUUGAGCUAUUUUCAAGACAACAGCACUACCAGAUUGCCAAUGUAAUCGUCGCGAAAUUCUGUCGUCUCUCGGGUUAAAAGGUAAAGUACGAGUACUCAAAAGUGCCGUAGCAUUUCUUUUAACAACAGCCAGACUAAAACGCAGCUUGUGAAAAGCAGUAGAACGCGUUUCGCCAGUUUAAUCCCGAAUUUUGCGACCAAUAAAAUGUACCAGUUCACUUGAAACCACAAAGUUAUGCAAACACCAGUCUUGGCCAAAGGAGCAAUCUGCACUUCCCGGUACGGUCGCGACAGACAGUAGGGCGAACCAGCACUGAAUGGGACUCACAUCUGGAGAAAAAACCCCGGUCGCGCAUCAAGAACCAUCCCCCUGAAUCCGUCAACAAUCCCCUUAAUGUUGUCCAGAGUAAAAAUAAUAAGUAUCGUUGGUCAGCUGACUACGCGGGUAUUCACCACAUCGACAACAGUCUAAAUCAUCGUAAGUCCAUUUGUCGUGAGCUUCACAGAGUGUUGAAUUUAAUCUGGGAAAAAAACGAAAACACUGACAAAUCAGCUCGCUCUAAGCGCAAAAUCUGUUAAAGCGCCGAAGUAAACUAGAAAUAAUCGGUGUGAAUCAAACGAAAACAAGGUCACGGGCAUAAUUUUUUUUAAGUAUAUACGUAUUGCGUAGUAUUUUAAGUAUGUACGACAAUAAUAAACGAAAUCUGUAAAUUGUUACAUUUUAUUUUCAAUGUCCAAGAGAAACGCGUCAGGAAUUUUCUUCUGAUGUCCAAACAGACAGAACCACCACCGCUGUUGAUCUGCUACUAAAGUAGUAUCCCAACUGCACAGGACGCGGUGUUCCUGUAGACAUCCAACUAAACGGCUGGGAUAAACUGCAAAAAAUACAACAGAAUAAGGCAAUAUACCAGACUGUCAGAUAAUAACCUAGUCAAUAAUUUUGGAACAAGUACUUACAUGCUGACGGGUAUCUCGACUGGUCACGUACGACAAUACAAAUCAAAUGAUAUCCAAAUCAAUUGUUCCCUAUAUUAAAGUAAAAACCAUCAAUUUCAUUCAAUGCAGAAAGGUUAACUGCGAAAAAUACUGGUGAAAAGCAACUAUGUGUGCCGAGAUUAGCUGUAAAUAAAAUUAGAAGUCGGGAUACGAUACUGCAGAAUUGAGAUUCUAAUUACAGUACACGUACUGACCUUUCCCUUGGCUACCGUCACCACGUACACGCAAACUGACGGGAAUCGGAACGUGUCUUUUGUUUUGGGACCUGUUGUGGCGGGUUUCUUCCGAAGAUCAUCACGCUCCGUUGGCCGUUCUGGAGGAACGUAGUUCACUGGUCGUGGGCGAGAUUCUGUAACAGAAUUGUAACAUCUACAGUAUAACAAAAAGCACUCAAAAUCCAACCCGCUGCAAAUGCGCAAAUUAUUGUAAUAAAGGGUCCUGUAAUGU